GAAAUAAAACUUCUUUACGCCUUCAUUAUUUCCUUAUAUAUAGAAAACACAUACAUUACAACACAUUGAAGGUAACCUAAACAUGGAUCAAAUGCUUGUCUCAAGCUGGUUCAAUCUUAGUUCCUCAGUGCCCUUAUCCUAUGUGCAACCACCGGAAAGUAGACCUGGCAAUGGCAUAGACGUCGUUGCUUCCGGCAACAAAAUCCCGGUCGUAGAUCUCGCCCAUCGUGAUCGUGCUGAAACCUUGAAACACAUUUUGAAAGCCUCCCAGGAAUAUGGAUUUUUCCAGGUUAUCAACCAUGGAGUUUCCAAUGAGUUAAUGGAUGAUACACUGAAUAUUAUCAAGGAAUUUCAUGCCAUGCCUGCUGAAGAGAAGUUAAGGGAAAGCUCUCGAGACCCAAAUGGAAGUUGCAGGCUCUAUACAAGCCGUGAGAUUAACAACAAAGAUGUCAUUCAGUUUUGGAGAGACACGUUAAGACACUUCUGUCCACCUUCAGAAGAAUUCAUGGAGUUUUUGCCUCAGAAACCUUCAAAAUAUCGUGAAGUUGUUGCAAAAUACAUACAAGAAAUGAGAACAUUGGGAGUCAAAAUUUUGGAGCUGUUGUGUGAAGGAUUAGGACUUGAGCCAACAUACUGUAGUGGUGGACUUAGUGAUGGCCCAUUAUUGCUAUCUCAUCACUACCCACCUUGCCCAGAACCCAAUUUAACUUUGGGAGCUCCCAAGCACCGAGAUCCUAACCUUGUUACCAUUCUGCUUCAAGAAAAAGAUAUCAAUGCACUUCAAGUUUUCAAGGAUGGGGAAUGGAUUCUUGUUCAUCCAAUUCCCUACGCUUUUGUGGUCAACAUUGGGCUUAUGUUGCAGAUCAUCAGCAAUGGAAGGGUAAUUGGUGCUGAACACCGUGUUGUGACAAAUUCUGGCACUGCGAGGACCACUAUUGCUUAUUUCAUUCGUCCAACAAACGAACAGAUUAUAGAACCUGCAAAGCCUUUGACAAGCUCGGGUGCUAACCCCAUCUAUAGGUCCAUUCCGUGUGAAGAGUUCUUGAGAAUAUUCAUGAACAAGGGUCCUGACAUUGAACCACAUUUGCUCUUAUAACCUUUGUAAAAGGAGAACUUUAUUCUAUAGAGUAUAGACAUAAUAAUACCGUGCAUGCAUCUAAAAUUUCAUAGAAAUUUAUCUUGUUUGCACAUCAAUAGUCUUCGAUAAAUUAUAUAUCUAAAGAAUCGACCAUGUUUGCCACCUUAUGAAUU